AUGCAUCGCCCACUCCAGGUUGAACGCCUGAAUCUAGUUGUCUUGGGAGAUCAGACGAACAAUGUAUCCCCGUUGCUCAAGAAACUAUUGCUUAGCGCGCCCCAUAGCGUCGCCCAGAGUGAGUUUAUUCGCGACGCAAGCGCGGCGCUGAGAGCUCAAUCUGAUCGACUUCGGCCCUUUCAACGAGAACACCUCCCUGGCUUCAAAAGCAUCCAUGAUUUAGCUAGGAUCUACGAGAAGAGCAAUGGAGUAUGUCAUCCAUCAAUCAGCAGUGCGUUGUUAUGCGUUACUCAGCUGCUGCAAAUUUUCCGAUACUUCGAGGGACGAGGUCGUCGACCAGAACAAAAUGAGCACAUCGCCGUAGUCGGGUUGUGCACCGGAUCGCUUGUUGCAGCGGCCUAUGCUACAUCAGCUUCACUGGAUGACCUGAAGCUCUUAGCCGUGCCGACAGUCUCGAUGGCAUUCCAAAUGGGUCUGCAAGCAGCGACGGCAAGCAGCAUGCUGCACGAGCAGGGGAACCCUUUGGGCAGCUGGUCCAUCGCCAUUCCUAAAAUGACCGAAGACGAGGCACUGUCAGCUCUGAAAAUAUACGACGCUGGAGGGCAUCUAUCACUCCGCCACCGCUGUUUUGUGAGCGCGGUUGGGCUCAAAAGUGUAACCAUCAGUGGUUCGCCCCCGGCGUUAAGUCGUUUCGCAGAGAGCCUAACGGCGUCGCAGCCGUCCAGGAAGAUCAUCUGGCUGCCGAUUUUCGCAGGAUACCACGCCUCCCAUAUCCAUACGGUGCUGGAUUUUCCAAGUUUCUUGUCUCGAUGCGGCAUCGACGCCGAUCUUUUAUCCAGCUUCAAGUCAAUUAAGACUCUUCUCUCCCCACUGACAGGUGAGCCGGUGGACUCUAAUAGCGCUCUGGAUCUGUUCAAAACAGUUGUCCAUCACACACUGCAGGCACCGCUACGGCUGGAUUUAAUUGUCGACCGGUGUGCAUCUCUGAUCCGGGAAAACACAAUAGCCUCCGUCAGAAUUGAUGCUGUCGGUCCAACUCCUGUGGCGGACAGUCUGGCAGCAGCGCUGCGUAAUCGAACAUCGGCGAAUAUUUCCACGCGGGAGUUAGUUGUAUUAGAACCUGGCGUCGACCAGUAUAAACCGUCUGCCGCCUUCAGUCAGGCUCCUUUGGCCAUUGUGGGCAUGUCAGGCCGGUUUCCAGGUGCCGAGAGCGCUGAAGCUCUCUGGAGCCUGCUGGAAUCGGGUCUGGACCUACACCGAGUGAUUCCAAAGGAUCGGUUCGACGUCGAGAAACAUGUCGACCCUACCGGUAAAGCCAAGAACACCAGCUGGACUCCGUACGGCUGCUUCAUCGAUCGACCGGGAGAGUUCGACCCGAGAUUCUUCAACAUGUCACCGCGUGAAGCUCUUCAGACGGAUCCGAUGCAGCGUCUGGCUCUUGUUACUGCCUACGAGGCCCUGGAAAUGUCCGGGUUUGUCCCUGACCGUACCCGUUCUACGGCUCUCAGCCGCGUUGGGACCUUUUACGGCCAAACAAGCGACGAUUACAGAGAUGUUAAUGCGGCCCAAGACAUUGGAACAUAUUUCAUCACCGGUGGCAUACGUGCUUUUGGCCCGGGGCGAAUCAAUUAUUUCUUUAAAUUCGGUGGUCCGAGCUAUAGCGUCGACACGGCCUGCUCAUCAAGCCUUGCUGCUAUCCAGUUGGCUUGCACAGCGUUGCGGAAUGGUGAAUGCGAUACUGCUGUUGCAGGGGGCCUCAGUGUGCUGACCUCGCCCGACUUGUUUUCUGGACUAAGCCGUGGCCAGUUCCUCUCUAAGACAGGAUCAUGCAAAACAUUCGACGACGGAGCCGAUGGGUACUGCCGCGCCGACGGCAUCGGUAGCGUAGUAAUAAAGAGGCUAACAGAUGCAGAAUUAGAUCGGGAUAACGUCCUAGCUGUCAUCUUGGGGGCGGGGACAAAUCACUCGGCGAACGCGAUCAGCAUCACGCACCCUCAUGCGGAAACGCAGUCCAAUUUAUACCGCCACGUCCUCGGGCAGUCAGGCGUUGAUCCAUUAGACGUCGGAUAUAUCGAAAUGCAUGGAACAGGCACGCAGGCGGGAGAUGGUACAGAGAUGCGCUCAGUUGUGGAUGUUUUUGGACCCGAGCGCCCAAGUCGAGCUGAGGACAAUCCUCUGUAUGUUGGUGCAGUCAAGGCGAAUAUUGGACAUGGUGAAGCUUCGUCCGGCGUGGCAUCCUUGAUCAAAGCCAUUCUGAUCUUCAAACACUCUGCUAUCCCUCCUCAUAUCGGUAUCAAAAAUGCCAUCAACCGCGGAUUCCCUGAUCUGAACGCGCGAAAAGCUAACGAAUUACCCAAGGGUGGCAACACGGCCCUCUUGAUCCAAGAGGCGCCCACUCCAGUUGUCCAGCACGGCAUCGAACCUCGGCCACUCCAUCCAGUCACGGUCUCAGGGCACACGAAAGCAGCGCUGUCGAAUAAUCUAGACAAAUUGAUUGCAUAUCUGUCCGCAAACCCGAACACAUCGCCAGUGGACCUCUCCUACACGACCACUGCCCGUCGCAGGCAUCACGGUUUCCGGGUUAGUGUCGCGGAGAGCUCCACCGAGCAAUUGCGCAUUGCUUUAGAGCAGAAGAAACACUCAGUUAUACCCGGCCUCAGCACACCACCGGUCUCAAGGCCGGUUGUUUUCGUUUUCACUGGGCAAGGUGCCGCAUACCCGGCCUUGGCUCGUGAGUUAUACACUAUGUCGUCUCAGUUCAGGGCAGAUAUCGACCAUUUCGAUGGCAUUGCUCGCCAGCAAGGAUUCCCUUCGUUUCUAUCCAUCAUCGAUGGCACCGCGGUUGACCUAGACUUGCUUUCUCCCAUACAGACACAGAUCGGUCUGGUUUGCAUCCAAGUAGCCUUGGCUCGUCUGUGGAACUCUCUAGGUAUCAAACCAGACGCAGUAGUGGGCCAUAGCUUGGGAGAGUAUGCAGCCCUUCAAGUUAGCGGAGUGCUUUCCAUAAGUGAUACUAUCUACCUGGUGGGAUACAGAGCUCGCUUGUUGGAGAGCAGGUGUGAGAUGCAUUCACAUGCCAUGCUAGCAGUGGCAGACUCGACUUCCGUUCUUCAGACCGUUCCGGCCGAGGUUUCCUCACGUGUGGAAAUCGCCUGUGUCAAUAGCCCUCGUGAAACUGUCUUCUCGGGCGAAAAAGCUGCCAUCGAUGACUUAGAGGCAUACUUGGCUGCAAAGAAUAUCCGGUCAACCAAACUCCAGGUGCCCUACGCCUUUCAUUCUGCACAGGUUGAUCCAAUUUUGCAUGAUCUUGAAGAGGUUGCCAAAGUUGUGAAUAUGGGAACACCACACUGCCCCUUCAUUAGCUCUCUAAAGGGUCUUGUUUUGGGUCCUGGGGAACAGAUCGACGCCCAGUAUCUGCGACAGCACUGUCGCCAGGCGGUCCAAUUUUCAAGUGCAGUGCGCAAUGCCAGAGAUGUUGGGCUGGUUCAAGAGUCAACCAUUUUCAUUGAGAUUGGUCCUCAUCCAAUCUGCUCGAGAAUGGUACGAUCCAAUCUAGGAGAUCCAACGCAGACACUCCCUACAUUGAGGCGUAAGGAGAAUCCUUGGAAAGUCAUUGUUGGAAGUCUCACUUCGCUCCAUGAUAUGGGUUUCAGCAUUAACUGGUCCGAGUACCAUCGGGAUAUCGAAGGGGCUUGUCGCCUGCUGACCCUCCCGGCUUAUUCCUUCGAAAAUAAGAACUACUGGGUUGAAUACCGAAAUGAUUGGACACUGCGCAAAGGCGACCCGUGGCUGGCUGUCAGCAACGGCGACGAGGACAAGCCAGUGCCGAAGUUGUCAAGCUCUGUUCAUCGCGUUUUAGAAGAGAACUACAAAGGAGCCAACGCGAUCGCCGUGUUUGAAACGGAUCUGUCAGCACCAGAAAUCCAUGCCGCUAUCAGUGGCCAUCGCGUCAACGGUUCGGCUCUUUGCCCUUCUUCCAUGUACGCUGAUGUGGCUUUGACCGUUGCCCGGCACAUACAACAGAAGCCGGAAUCUGGAUUCUCCUCGUCCGGGCACAAUAUCACUGCGAUGGAGGUCCAACAGCCGCUGAUCGUCAAAACCUCGAGAGAAGAAGAAACCAGGGUGUUGCGCAUCUACGCGCGUGUCGAUCGACCCUCGCAAAUCAUUAAAGUUGAGUACGUCGCAGCAUCUCCUGGCCAAAAAGCAGAAACGAAACACGCUACCUGCUGCAUCGAAUUUGGGUCUCCUGAAAAGUGGCUGAGGCGUUGGUCACACGAUCUAUAUCUGAUCCAAGACCGCGUUGCCGCGUUACAGAAGCUCACGGACUCUGGAGAGGUCAGCAAGAUCACCAGUCGCCUGGCGUACCGACUUUUUGCGAGUUUGGUGGACUAUGCGCCCCAGUACCAGCGGAUGGAUCAGGUCCUGCUUGCGAGCAAUCUGUUCGAGGCCACAGCGACAGUAAAGCUAGAUGAUCGCGGCGACGAUGCGACUUUCGUCUACAGUCCCUAUUGGAUUGACGCUUUGCUACAUCUCUCCGGCUUCGUCAUGAAUGGAAAUGACACCCUUAACUACAAUGAAGCGGUCUAUAUCUCGCAUGGGUGGGAGAGUCUGCGAUUUGCCAAGCCUUUGAAUCCGCAAGGCCAUUACCAGGCAUAUGUGAGGAUGCUUCCCAGGGAUAAGACGAUGGUCGGAGGAAAUGUGUGGAUCCUAUGCGAUGGAGAGGUCGUUGGUCUGGCAGAAGAUCUUCGUUUCCAGCGAGUUCCCCGCACAGUCCUGGACAUGCUUCUACCUCCAGUUGGCGUCAAAAGGACGGCAGAGAGGCAAUUACCCAAAGCUGUUCCACAGAAGCCUCUACCAAAGAGACCAACCCCGUCUUCAGAUACUCAGUUGGCCGCCGUAUCCUUCCGACCAGGUACUUCCCUCGAUAUCAUUUCUGCCGAGCUCGGACUGGAAGCUUCAGACAUUUCUCCGCAUGAUCGACUAUCCGAUUUGGGUGUCGAUUCCUUGAUGUCGCUGACCUUGGCCAGCAAUCUUACCGAACAACUUGCCAUUACAAUUUCCCACAGUGAAUUGAUGGACUGCAAUACAAUUAGUGAGCUCCUGGCCAUGCUGGACCAGAAGCAGGGUGGAACCACCAGCCCCCUGACCAACUCUUCAGCGGAGAGUGGCCAAGACAGUGGCAGCUCUUAUGAGGCUUCAGACUCGUCGCAGUCGUCCGCGAUGGUGGAGACUUUCACUCCUGAUAGUGCCAUUUCAGAUACUGCAGAGUUAGUGAGGUCCAUCAUUUCGGAUGAAACCGGCAUCCCCACGGAAGAUCUUGAAUCAUCUGCCGAUCUAAGCGCACUUGGGGUCGAUUCCUUGAUGAGUCUUGCAGUCCUUGCAAGACUCCAAGAGGUAGGGGUUGAGCUGCCAACGGACUUCUUUCUAGAGAACAAUACAAUGAAUGAAGUGUUCAGAGCUCUACCCAGGGUAACGGGCUUCGUAACGCCACGGUUGCAGGGCAUUGAGAAAGUCGAAAAAGGAGACCAGAAACUGCACGCCGCUAAUCACAACCAGACGGAUGUCAGCUUCCGGGCCAGAGUGGUCCUCCUUCAGAAGCGCUCCAAUCCCACGAGUACUGGCAACUUCUUCCUCUUUCCAGACGGCUCAGGGUCCCCAUUCUCGUAUGCGGCGUUAGAGCCCAUCAGCCCAGACUUUGACAUAUACGGACUCGUUUGCCCAUUUAUCGACUCCCCGAUGACUAUACUGGCGGCAUUGAAGCAACAAGACCAACAACCUCAUGGGCCGUACCAUUUCGGAGGGUGGUCUGUCGGUGGCGUCUUGGCAUAUGAAGCAUCAAGACAGUUGAUUGAGGCCAAGCAGAAGGUUCAGUCACUGAUCCUGAUUGAUGCCCCUUGCCCGGCCGUCCUUCCUCCGAUGAGUUCCUCUCUGAUCGAUUACUUGGCCUCGAAAGGAGUCUUCGGCCAAUCCCAUGGUACCUCCGCGCCAAAAGCCGGAGAGAAGCGGCAAAGUCUCCUGAAGCACUUCGAUUCGACGGUUGCCAAUCUGGCAUUGUACAAACCGAGGCCGAUCAUUCCACUCGUAGACACGCUGGAAACUUUGAUCAUUUGGGCCCGAGAUGGGGUCAAUGGUGAUUCCAACGUUUCGGAGUCGUCAAAUUCAACGGAAUCCUGGAUAUUGGAUAAUAGAAGUGAUUUCGGCCCUCACGGUUGGGAGACUGUACUACCAGCGCAGCACAUUUCCACAGUCCCUGUUUCUGGAAACCAUUUCACAAUGAUGGCUGGUCAGAAUGCGGUGGCCGUGUCCAGCCAUUUACAGAACCAUUUCGCGGGCUUUGCAUAAUGUGGCGCAGAGGUAACACUCCGGCUAGCCAUGUCCACAGAGCAGUGAAGAGAGUUGGAAUAAUAGGAUGCUAUCCUUGUCUACGCCUCAACUGUAAUAGAUGAUACUGUCGAGGUCAGUCCAGGGAGUGCAUUACUGACAUGGUGAAUUAGUUUCUGUUGUAAGCUGGCGGAUAAUACAGACACCUGAUCAAAUAAGAGUACAACUAGUGCAG